GCCUCUUCUAAUUCUUUGUAAAGAAAGAAGCGAAUGCAGUCGAGUGUGCCUAUUUAUUCGUGUUUUUUCAAUAGUCUACUUGAUUGCUUCUAUUUGAUUUAAAAAUGGAGAAAAGAAUCGACGACAUGCAUAAAGCCAUAUUAGGGGCAUUAAAAGAAAAAAUGGUUGGUGCUCUUAUAGAUGCAAGAGUUACAGAAAAGAUGCCAGAAAUUGCAAUGAUGUCGGAAAACCCAUUAGAAAAUAUUGUGCCACAACAAGGAGACUAUAUACAAAAGUAUACAUGUUGUAAUGCCUUUAAAGCCUUUGCUCCGAAUCAAUGUCACGUUUGUCACUGUCUCGAGGACGAGCUCCAAACUUUGAAAAGAUGUUCUCGGUGUCGCAUGAUUUCAUAUUGUAGUACGGCCCACCAAAAAGAGGAUUGGUCAUCACAUAAGAAUUUAUGCAAAGUUUUGAGUGAUCUCGGAGGACCUAAAAUGUUUCAAAAACUGAAAGAAAAUCACAAUCCUACUUCUUCAAUGACAAAAAAAGUCGCUCAACUUAAAACACGGAUGGCUAUAAAGACUUUGAUCAUGACGAAAGUCACGGAAAAACUUGAAAGAAAGUUGUAUGUUUUUGAAUCGCAAAUGAUUAAUCAUCCUAGGAUUUGCUUUCAUUGCUUUGAUUCCGAAGCCGAAUUGAUUAAUUGUCGGAAUUGUCCAAAUGCUGCUUUUUGUAAGGAUCACGCUGGAGAUUCAGAGCAUUUUUUACUUUGUCCUCAACUUAUGCUUUGUCGCGAAAUUGAACUUGAUCAUUUAAAUCGCAGAGACUUCUUUACACAAUUGAGGAAAUCCAAGUUUGAUUUUCAUUUGGAAAAUACUCGAUUACCGAAAUCGAUGAAGGAAUUUCUUCAGACUUCUGUUAAGGUUAACAAAGACCGCAUAAAAUAUCUGGAUCGCCCCGAGUUGUGGGAAGUUUAUUUAUCAGAGGCGAUAAGUAGACCUUUAACUCUUGUCCAUGUUAUACAAAAACUUAAACUCCCUGUGAAAUCAAGACUCGUUGUUCAUGUGAUUGGUGCCGAUAUGGAAGAAGUUGGGAUGUCGAUUUGGGAAGUUGUACUUCAUUGGCUCCCUUCCGUGACUGAACUUAGAAUUGCCUUUGUCGGUCCUGAGCUCGACGCAAAGAAAACCUACACGAGCAAGCUUUGCAAAAAGUGCUGCGAAAAGAAGAAGGAAUUGAAUUUUGAAACAUUCAAUGAUCAAUACGAGAUGUACAGUACCCUUAGUAUCUCUGCCUUGAAGCCCGACAUUGUCAUUGGAUACAACAUGGCACCUUUCGCGUACACAACCUGGACGACGAGCAUUGGCAAAUUAGUUACGAUGCAAUCUCCUCUGAUUAUAACAGCAACUUCAGAAAUUGAAGCCUAUCGAGUACAUCACUGGAUGAAGUCUUGCUUAUGUACCGCCGAAUACUAUUCUUCUAAGCCAAAUCCAUUUGCGAGUUUACUGGUCGAGAGAGCCGCCGAGCAUGAAAGGCUGGUUGCGAAAAAUAAGUACACGAUUAUUUACAAGGAUUUGUACAAUUUGUCACAGAAGCCCUGCUCCGGUUGUUGUGUCACUCCGGCUACUACCAACUUUCCUUGGGUAAACUUGCAAGAUCUAGCUUCCAGUUUAUUGUUCAAUAAUAACGAUGAUACGAUCAAGGAAUCUGAUAAAGAGGCUGGCCCAAAGAAAAAAACAGAACCGAUGCCUCAGAGCGAAAGGAAGGUCAAUAAAAGGUUGAAAGAGAAACUGAAGAGGAGCAAGAAAUGAGAUCUUAACCCGCCAGAUGUGAGACCUCUUUUUUCUAUAGAUAGGACAAUAUUCGAAUGUUCGUAAGAUAUUUAUAUUAUUUAGAUUUCAUGUAGCGUAAGUUUUAAGAGCUUACAAUUCUUAUGUAAGGCAUAUAUGCAUCAUACCUGUUUAAGUUUGCAUUUCGUUCACUUAUUUUGUUCGAGUUUCAAAUAUUGCUGAUUUUCCGUUUAAGAAAUGAAAAUCCACAGUCCACGAUAUUGUUCAUUUUCAAAAUUCGAUCAAUUUUGAAUACUAUAUAGGUUUCUUGUCAAGAAUGAUUUAAAAAAGUUAAAAUUUUAAGAUUAGAAACAACUUAAUAAUUGAAGGAUAAAAGAAAAGUUUUUUGGAAAAAGCGCAGAAUGGGUUUCUUCAAUUUUGAAUAUGUAUGCGAUAUCUCAAUAUGAGUACGAUAAAAACAAAAAUAUUUUUAUGUUUAUAUAUUUGAAACGUUUAUUCAAAUUGAAUGCACGAUGUAUUUUUUAAAUCUGUCAGAUAAUGUUCCAUAUUAUAAUAAUGACGAUAAUUAAAGAUA